CUCCAGUUUGAACCCAACCCGCCGCCCACGCAUUGCCCUCCAUCGCCAUUGCCCACACGGCGUCUCUCAUCAGUCAUCACCCCCCUAUAAAAAUGGAGGGCACGACGCCCCGACACUUGUGACGUAGACAUUCUCCUCCCCUUCCAGUACACGGCACGCCACGCCACUCGCCACUCUCACCGUCUCCACGGUCUCACUAGCACUACUCCACUCCACUGCAAGCUAGCUGCUCCGUCUAGAGCUUCGGCGAGGCAAGGCAAUGGCGAGCUCCCGUGGCCGGUGGGCGAGCCCCGAGCGCACCGUCGUCUGGACCGAGCCGCCGCCCAAGACCACCUCCGCCACCACCAGGCGUCACGCUCACGCCCACGCCGCACCGCCCGCCAAGGUGCCCGUCGUCUACUACCUCUCGCGCAACGGCCAGCUCGACCACCCGCACUUCAUGGAGGUCCCCGUCUCCAACCCCCAGGACGGCCUCUGCCUCCGAGACGUGCUGGACCGGCUGACGGUGCUGCGGGGCGCCGGCAUGGCGGACGCCUACUCGUGGUCCUCCAAGCGGAGCUACAAGGCCGGCUACGUCUGGCACGACCUCACCGCCGACGACCCCGUGCACCCCGCCAGCGGCGCCGAGUACGUGCUCAAGGGCUCCGAGCUGCUCCCCCUCCUCCCCGCGCCGCCCUACCCGCGCGACGCCUCCGCCGGCUCCUCCUCGUCCUCCUCCACCUCCAGCUGCCAGGCCGGGAGCGAGAACAACAAGAAGAUGCCCGCAGUGGGCAUCAGCAGGGCGCACGGCCGGCGCAAGAACUGGAGCUCCUUCGACCUCGGGGAGUACCGGGUGGCCGCCGCGCGGGGCGGCGCCGGGGCGGACGCGGCCACGCAGACCGACGAGAGACGCGGCCGGCGCCGGGGCCCCGAGCCGACGACGGAGCUCGGCGCGGACGAGAUCUCGCCCCCGCCGUCGUCCAGCAGCCCGGACACGCUGGAGACGCUCAUCAACAACGACGUCCGCGUGGCCGCCGCAUCGAGCACCGUCGCCGCACGCCGGGGGGAGGAGGACGCGGGCCUGGCGCAGCAGGGAGUGAUCGCGGGCGGGCGGAUGCGCGCGUCGGCGGUGCUGAUGCAGCUCAUCUCCUGUGGCUCCAUCCCCGCGGCCCCCAAGCGCGAGACCGGCCCGGGCGGCGCGAGGUACACGGCGGAGCGCAGGCUGCCGCGCGGUCGGUCGGACCUGAGCAGCAGCACCGGCGGCGCAGACGGGUUCUCGGGCAGCAUUGGCGUCGGCGCAAGCAUGGAGCGGGAGUACUUCAGCGGCAGCCUGGUGGAGACCAAGAAGUCGGCGAGCGGCGACCGUGCCGGCCACGGCGGGGAGCUGGGCGCUCUGAAGCGCUCGUCUUCGUACAAUGCCGACAGGAGCAGAGAGUCCACGAUGAACACUGCUAGUACUACUACUACUACUAGUGGUGGUUGUAAGCUGGAGCUUGCGGCGGAGGAGGUGGACGGCGUGCGCGCCCGCUGCAUCCCCGCCGGCAGGAAACCCAGCGGCGGCAGCAGUAAGAAGUCUCCGACCACCCACGUCCACGUUAGCAGCAGGCGCGGUGACCAGCCGGAAACCACCGACGACGGACGGACCGACUGAAUUCACCGAUGAAAACUCAGACAUACUACUACUAGCAUCAAAAUGUGGAUCGAAGCGCGUGCACUGCAGGCUGAACGAAUGUCUUGCCACGGCACGAGCUCUUGCAUCGACACCCCUUUCAUUUUUUAUCUAUUACCCAUUUCUGGAGUAGCUAGCGUAGAAUUGAAACUCACUUGUAUCAAGGUGUAUGUAGAAUGUAGUGGCACGGCAUGUGUGUCUGAACUAUAACCGAGCAGCGUGGCGUAUGCAGUGUUUGACUUUGUGUUUUCAUU